CACACUUGCACAUUUGCCUACUCAAGACCUACCAUGCUGGCCCGCUCCAUGACCCUCCGCUUCUUCAGUGCCGCUGCUGCCGGCAAGAAGGUUGCUGUCCUCGGCGCUGCCGGUGGUAUCGGCCAACCCAUGUCGCUCCUCCUUAAGGACAACGACAAUAUUUCGCACUUGUCUCUCUUCGAUGUGGUCAACACUCCGGGUGUGGCCGCCGAUUUGAGCCAUUGCAACACCCGCGCUAAGGUCACCGGCCACGCCGGCAUGGACAACAUUGAAGCCGCUUUGACUGGCAUGGACGUUGUCGUGAUCCCCGCUGGUGUGCCCCGCAAGCCCGGUAUGACCCGCGAUGACUUGUUCAACACGAACGCGUCGAUCGUGCAAUCACUUGCCACAGCCGCCGCCAAGUUCUGCCCCAAGGCCAUGCUUUUGAUCAUUGCUAACCCCGUCAACUCGACUGUGCCCAUCGUUGCCGAAACGUUUAAAAAGUUUGGCGUGUACGACCCCAAGCGCCUUUUCGGUGUGACCACGUUGGAUGUGGUGCGCGCCAACACUUUCGUCGCCGAAUCGCAAGGGUGGAACCCCCGUACGACCAACGUGACGGUCAUCGGCGGUCACGCCGGCACGACCAUCUUGCCGUUGUUGUCUCAUCUCAAGCUGGACAAGAAGUGGUCGGACGACGAACUCCAUGCGUUGAUCAAGCGCAUCCAAUUCGGUGGUGACGAAGUUGUCAAGGCCAAGGAUGGUGCUGGGUCUGCCACCCUCUCGAUGGCGUAUGCCGGUGCUCGUUUCACCUCGCGCUUGUUGGAUGCCAUGUCUGGCGAAAAGAACGUGAUCGAGUGCUCGUACACGCAAAACAACGUGACCAAGCUCGACUUUUUCUCGACCCCUGUGACCCUCGGCCCCAACGGUGUCGAAGAAGUCCACUCGUUCGGCAAGUUGAACGCCGUCGAACAAGCCAACUUCGACUCGAUGUUGCCAGACUUGGAAAAGCAAAUCGCCAAGGGUGUUGAAUUCGUGCACAAGAAGUAAAACACAAAAACGCACACGUUUUUUUUCAAUGGAAUUUAUUGGGAGCAGGGGUGAUGAACAAUACCUUAAUUGUCGCUUCGCACUUGCAGAACCUGCAGACGGCAAAGACGUCCUGCAUCCACAUUAUUUGUUAAUUGUAUGGGUAUUACAAAUAAAG